UUAUUUCUGAUAAAUAUAAAAUGGGUGGGAAUGUGGGAAAAUAAAAACUUGGCAGAAAAAAAUAACGUUAUUACAACGUAAAUUCCUUAAUCUAUUUUAUCUACUACUACAUUAUUCCAAUGGAAAAUAGUUCUCCUGUUGUUCAACAACCAACAUCAGUACAAAGGCAGACAUUCGAAAGAGAAUGGAGUAGUGGACUUUGUGCUUGUUUUGAUGACCUACCAACAUGUUGUCUAGUUCUAUUCUGUCCUCAUUGUUACAUGUGUUAUUUAUAUAAUAAAGAAGGGGAAUCAUGCUGGGUUCCAUUCUGUGGUGCAGGCAUUUUACCAUUACGUAUUAAACAUCGUGUUAUGCACAAAAUAAUGGGUACUCUAAUGAAUGAUGUUUGUAUUACAUGCCUUUGUGGACAAUUAGCUACAUGUCAAUUAAAACGUGAUAUAGAUUAUGCUAAAUCUACAAGAAUGGAAAUUUAAAUAAUAUUACACACACACAAAGAGAGGGAGAGGGAGAAAUAUGGUCAAGUUUUUCUCGUAAACAUCGAAAAAACUAGUCUGCUG